GCAUUACGACAUGCGGAGGAUCUCAAUGCGGAUCAGCACCGGCUGCUGCUGUGGACCAAGAAGGAUCUCUCGAAGUCUCUGGCAUCGAAGCGUGGCGCUCCCAAUCGAUCCGGAACAUUGCGGGGAAAACGACCUGACUCGGGCUCUGCCUCUGGUUCUGGGAGAUCACCCAGGAGACGACCGGUGGCUGGUCGACAGAUGUUGACCCGCAUGGAGGUGUUUCAGAUGCGCAAGGAAUUGGUUGCGCUGCGCAGCCACGACACUGAAGUCACUCCGCCCUGGGGGCGGCGGUUUCUCUACAGCGAAGACUCUGAGCAAGCCAUCUCAAGCAAGAAGGCGAGGUGGCAGCCUUUGAAUCCGGAGGAGCUCGAGGCAGUGCGCAAAGCGUAUUCUGACAUGGCGAAGGCGAGAGCUGGUGAGGCCGUGUCUGACGUGGAAGAGGACAUCUGCUCUGACGAUUCCCAGGACGACGUCAUCGACACUGGGGACGGUCAGAUUGAGAAAAAGGCUGCUCGGCGUGCUUUCGCUGCGGUGAGAACCCUGCCUUGCAUGCAAGCUCUGGCAGAAGACAAGGCGGUGGCAUUGCUCCGAGCAGGCGAACUUGUGGAGGUCCCUGGCGGCUGUCAGAUCUUCCAGCAGGGCGAUCCUGCGGAUCACAUCUUCAUCAUCAUCCAGGGCUCGGUCUCCAUCAAGAUCCUGAUGCCUGAUCUCGGACCAGAUGUCAUACCUGUGGAAACUCUGUACGACGGCCAGGUCUUCGGUGAUGCGAAGGUUGCUGCUUGGAGGGACGCGCAGGAAGGUCCUCCUCGGCGCAAGGCAGGGGCGCAUGCUCAGGAGGACAGCUGCCUUCUGCGAAUAUGUGCAGGAGACUAUCGCGAGGCGAUGGGCCUGCUGGAUGGGAAGGAUGCCGCCAAUCCCAGGCCCGAGAGUCAGAAGGAGACACUUGAGCAGGACGACCAGGCAGCAGCGUUGCUCCCUGACGUGCGACGGAAGGUUCAUGCAUUGGCGAGUUCACCACUGUUCGAGGGGGCAAACAUUAACAACCUGGCACUCCUGGCUUCCAACGUGGAGGAGAUAGUGCUGCGGUAUGAUGAUGUAUUCCUGGAAAUUGGGCAGGCGCUCCAAGCUUGCUUCCUGAUCUCCGGUGGCUAUGUGAGGGUGUCGGUUCCUGUCAUAGAUCAAGAUGCUUGCAUGGGCAGCCUCGAAGACGCUUCACGAAUCCUUGGGAUGGGGCGUUUGCCAGGAAGCCUGGACGGGAGUGCGCAAAGUGGCUGGUCAGAGACACCCCGGUCUAGACCUGGCUGUGGCAGCCCGCGCAAGGCGAAGCAAGAUAACCUGCCAAGUCGGUUCCGACUGAAGAGCAGCGGUGAGCUUCCAGUCUUCCAACUUGGAGAUCGACCUCUGCUUCUUCCACCGACGCAGAGCGCGUCGGUGGCCAGUGGAACGAAGAAAGGUUCCCGCUUGACACCUCGAAGGCCCGGCACACCACGUCGCGGAACACCGUGGCAGGAGGCCCUUCGCCAGAAGCGUAUGGCUCCUUUCAUCGGAGUUGCUCCGUCAGAGUUGGAACUCUGCAAUUUGCACGUGGGAGAGUGCUUUGGACUUGCGGCUCUAUAUGACCCGAAAGGCGAGUGCCCGUACCCAUCAAAAUGUGAGGUUCGAGUACAGAGCAGCGAAGCAAGGAUCAUGGUGCUGACGAAUGGCAGCUUGCUCUACUUGAACGAGACACUGGCCCGUACGUUGGUAGACAGGGCUAAACAGAAGGGAGAUCCGGUUGCGCCGGCACUGCAAGACAUCAAGCAGGAACGAACUCACCGUUCACGCUGGACGAUGCAGAAGCUGAAAGUGUUGGACAGGAUAGUCAUGCAUGAGUGA